GCUGCCUACUUACAUUCACACACACUAACACAACCACCGACCGCCGGGAAACACACGAUGCACACCCUCGCGACGGUAGCAACGGUGCUUACCGCGCUGCUGGCGGUGUCGGCGCAGCAGUACCAGCAACCCGGCGACAAUUACGUCGAUGAGUACGCUCAGUAUGACUCGCAAGGACCCAGCCAGCCAACCCCACGCAGCUACGCGGCCAACGACGUGCCGGCUCGUCAAUCGGCCGCGCCGGCGAACCCGAAGCCAACGCCGGUAGCGAUUCUGAAACAAAUCAACCGUCACAACGAGGACGGUUCGUACACGUACGGCUUCGAGGGGGCCGACGGCUCCUUCAAGAUCGAAACCAAGCUGCCGACCGGCGACGUGAGGGGGAAAUACGGUUUCGUCGAUGACACCGGCAAGGUGCGCAUAGUUGAGUACGGCGCGAAUCAAUACGGUUUCCAGCCGGCCGGUGAAGGCAUCACCGUCGCUCCACCGACUCUGGUCGACGAGACCACGAGUAAAGAGGCCCUCGAAGCGCAGGCCUACGAGGAAUAUCAGCAGCGACAGCAACAGGCGGCUCGUCCGGCUUAUCAGCCACCUGUUCAGACGCACACCCAAGCCGUGUACGCCCCCGCUCAAGUAGCUCCAAGUAGACCAGCUCUGCCUAAACCGCCUAUCUUCACGCCGGCCGCCGCCGCCGCCGCCGCGGCACCGCAAGUGCCGCAACAGUCCCCGUUGCUGCGGAAUCCGGGUUACGACGAACCCGCACCGGCUUCGCAGCUCUACAAUCAAGGACCGGCGCAAUUCAGUCCGGCGCCGAACCAAGAACGCCGCUCCCCGCAGCCGCAGAACCGCAACGGCGGCGGUAUCCUGGACCAGCUCGCCAGGGACUACGCUCUGCCUCAGGGAGUGGCGCCGCCGUUGCACGACAUCAGCUUCGGCUUCUACUAGGCUCGUCUAGUCCUGCUCUUUUGCCUACCGGAGAAUAGAACAGUCCGGGAUCAAUCGUAAUGAUUUUAGAAUAACUUUCGAUCACAUCAGCGUAAUAGGACUAAUACUUUUUUUGGUAAAAAAAAAAUUUACUUUACACACAUUACUGUAGACUUUAAUUUCGAUAUUAUUAUUUUAAAGAACGCUAAGAAUGUUAGGAUUGAUCCCAGGUUUAUUUACAUUCCGGUUGCGUGUGGGUCUUGUACUCUGUUCAUGAAUGAGAUGCUUCGACGACUUGUUAGUCCGUUGUGAUCGCGGCGUGGCCCACUCUUCCCGAAGUAGGCGACACUGUGAUUAAUGAUCGUCGCGAAUAGAUCGUCCACUGUAAUCGGAAGUCGAAAACUACUGGUAUUAGCGCCUGAAAUCACGAGCUAAGAUAUUCCAUUUCGUCCAUGUAAUACGAUUUCUUCGUCAUAAUUGUAUUUAACGUCCUAUUAUAUUUAAUUAACAAUUAGAAAUAUGUAUGUAUCUAAGAUAUGUUAGAACAGAAAUAAUGAAUUUCAUCUAUUUCACACUCGUUUCAUUAGUGAUGAAUAGUAAUAAAUUAGCGGCAGAACAUAAGAUAAUUUUAAUAAAGUAAUAAGAAAGAUUACAAUUUGCUGUGUAAAUGGACUAAAUAGAUCUUUAACGUUAUUUAUCGUCAAGUACAAAAAUCCAAUAAAAUGAGAUAAGAAAAGAUUGUUUAAAGUAAAAGUAAGAAUUGUUGAUUUUUCAAGCAGAUAAAUGCCAAGAUCUACUUCCUCGAUUUUUUACUUCAAUCGCAAUUAUUUGUUUUCAUGAGUAUUGAGUUAGAAAAAAAAUUCAAUGUCAUCUUUUUUUAACAAUCAUUAAAAUUGUUAUUAUAUGUAUCAUGAUUCAUUAAAGAAUCGUUUGGAUAAUAAGCGAAAAUUAGGCGAUAAUAGGAGCCAUACAGACUCCGUUCUGUAAAAAGAAUGUAAAUAAAAUUUUUCUCCGGUA